AUGGUGACAUCUACGAAAGGUGACAAUGGAGAGUCAAAGAAAAAGAAGAUAGAUGGGAACAAGGAUGUGGAUCCUCAGCUAUGGCAUGCUGUUGCUGGAACAACUGUGCAAAUUCCACAAGUUAACUCUAAGAUCUUCUACUUCCCUCAGGGUCAUGCCGAGCAUGCAUAUGAACCUGUCAACUUUCCCGCUGACAUCAACAUUCCAUCCAAAAUUCCAUGUAGAGUUGCAGCUGUUCAUUAUAGGGCUGAUCCUCGCACGGAUUUAGUGUAUGCAAAACUAAGGCUCGUUCCUCUGCAAAUUAGCCAAGUUAGUAUUGAUGAAGACAAUGUUGCUGGCGUCGAUGACAUGUCUGUAACUAAGAAUCAAUAUCAAUCUUAUACGAAAACCUUGUCAGAAUCUGAUAUAAACAAGAGUGGUGGAUUCUCUUGUCCUAAGAAGUGUGCAGAAACAAUGUUUCCUCCAUUAGACUAUUCAGAUCAGCUUCCUUCUCAGGACAUAUAUCUCAUGGAUGUGCAUGGCGAAAUGUGGAAAUUCAGACAUGUUUAUGCGACGCGGAAUAUAUUAACAACUGGGUGGAGUGAUUUUGUAACCAACAAACAACUUGAAUUGGGGGAUUCACUUGUGUUUGUGAAAGCUGCAAACAGUGAUCUUCAUAUUGGAAUUCGAAGGUCUAAAAAACGAAAUGACUGUAGAUUUAACUUUCCAUCAAAGAGGAAACCUGAAACUGGAACUCUUCUUCAACCACCAUACGGAGGACUUAGCUCGUCUUUAGGGAAUGAACGAAGAAUAGGCGAUAAGGUGAUAGGAAUUGGAAAAGUGAAGGCUGAAGAUGUUAUUGAAGCAGUAAAACUUGGUGUCAAUAUGCAACCGUUUGAUGUGGUUUACUAUCCACGGGUUGGUACUCCCGAGUUUUUUGUGAAAACCUCUUUAAUUAGAACAGCACUUCAGAUUGGGUGGGAUUGUGGAAUGAGGUUCCAGAUGGCCAUUGAAACGGACUCGUCAAAGAUAAAUUGGUUAAUGGGAACAAUUGCUUCAGUUGAGGCUGCUGAUCCAGCAUGGCCUGACUCUCUUUGGAGACUUCUGCAGGUUACAUGGGAUAAUCCUGAUUUAGUUACAAAUACGAAGAGGCUGAAUCCCUGGCAAGUUGAAACAUUACGGUACAUGUCAUCAAGUAAGGAACUGGGAUUGCCUCAACUCCCAACUUUUCCCAUGGAUGGCCAAUUUUCAAUGCCAUAUUUACCAAACUACUUUCAAACACCAAAGGGUCCAAUUAUGUAUUUACCAGAAACUAGUAUGCCUUAUUUCCAACAACCAUUUAAUCGCGAUGAUGCUACAACAUUGACAACAGUCUCUAAUAACCCGGCCUGCCGAAAGGUUCCUCUGGUGAGAGGCUGGAGUGUAAUCCCGAGAACCAAUGCAAAAAAAGAUGCUUCGGAAGGAGAAACAGUGGAGAUUGAAAAUUCAGUGAGUUCAUCAAAAGAGGCAGCGUGA